GUACUGUACUGUGUACAUAUUGAAGGAGCUGAGCACCCACCACUGUGACUGAAUUACAAUACAAAGUGAUGUCCACAUCUUAAGAGGCGACUUGCUAUUGGCUGGUUUUGCGGUGCCCUGCGAUGAUUGGCUGCAGUGAAAAGCUCAGCAUCGUCAAAGUUCCCCGACAGACCUUAAUUUGGGUCAGAUACAGAGCGACACAUCAUCCCCGAACAACUGUAAAUCUGUGGAACUGCGGAUUGUGCUGGAAUUGACUCUGAACCAAGUGCAAAGAAACAAUUCACAGGACUCUGAACUUCACUGCAGACAUUCACUGACAAGCAAUGUUGUGUAUCGGAGAUUCUGCCGACUGCCUCCGGGACCAGAUGCAGUGCAUGAUGAGAUCCUUGCAGGACCUGAAGCACAUAAGCAGGCCGAGGCCACUGAGUGAACCAUGCGCUCGGUCCUUCGUCAUGACACGGCUCUGCAAACAGAGGGCACAGCAAGAGCGACUCGCUCGUCUACGUGUAUCCGACGCCAGUGAAGCCAGCACAUAUGACUCUGCCUGCUGCCUCGCCAGCCCCCUGGAAGAAGAAGAAGAACAUCAGGAGCACGAGCGGUUGGCACAAGGCUCCCCGAGCAGCGAAAAGAGUCUGGACUUUGACUCAGGUUACUCCGAGGCUUCAUGGCAGGAUGAAGGUGUGGUGCUGAGGAGGACCAGGAAUGUGCGAGUCUCCUCUUCUGCCUGCCUCCGCACAAACAGAGGACCCUCUGGCCGAAUCCGGCCCAAAUCAACCUCGGAUGCUUGCCUGGAGCGAUGGACCUCAUUUGAGGCCAGCGACCCAGAGGACUGGACGACAUCACUGCUGAGUCGCAGCAGGAACAGACAGCCUCUCGUUCUGGGGGACAACAGCUUUGCUGACCUAAUAAAGAACUGGAUGGACCUACCAGAGUGUCCUGAGCCAGCAGAGCUAAAGCCCAAUGCGGGCCGGCGCCUCGCCAAAGACAUUUUGAUCAACAUGCGCCGCAGACUGGCAGGGAUGUCUAAAAGUGUGGAGGUGAGACCAAGGCCAGCUGACUCCUCGAGGCUCAACAGGGCUGCAGAGGCUCCCAAACGGAUGUCCUGUCCCGUGGGACUCCAGGGUCUCAAACCUUUCUUUCACCAGUCGCACACGGGGCUACAUCAGCUGGACACUGACUUCUACCAGUUCACCGCUCUCAUGAAGACGGGCAGCCGACAGCCCAUCAUAUGCAAUGACAUUAUUGGAUACAUUUAAAUGAUGCUGUAACUCCGGACUGACCCAUCAGCUCCAAUUUGAAUAAGAUGUUGCUAUUUUUGCAGUUGUCCAAAAUGUUGAUACAUCUGGAAUAAAAGUGUGCUGGAUUUAA